AUGAAGCUCUGGUUAUCCUGCGUCGGAGUUUUUAUGUUGUUUGUUCCUGAAAUAAAUUCGGGUGGACCUCCGAAUGACAGAGGAAUUCUUUCGCGUCGUAAAAGAUAUGUGGCUUUCCCGGAUGGAUCCACGUUGAUUUGGGCGUUUUGUAUGACGGCGCAAACGAUUAUUCCCGGCGGAAUUUUCACCGAAGGGGUGAAUUACGGCGUCUCCUACGAUUUGCCUAAUCGAACCACAUUUCGGGAAUAUUUCGACGACAAGAAAAAUUUUAUCUUGCGGAGGAGACACAGGCGGGAUUUGUACAGCAAGGCUGAAGUUAUAAUGGACUCCAUGGGCUUCGACGGCAGGACGUGCAUCUACCGUGCUUUGUGCGAAGCUGCUCGGAUAGCUCGCAAAGGCUCCACUCUAUCAGAACAAUUGAUCCGUCUUGUGUUCAAGUUUCCGGGACAGACCAUAUCGGCAUUCGAGCCUGAAGAGCAUCGCUUAUAUCAUUCAGCUUAUCGACGGGCACGACAAAACAAGCAACAGGAUUGUGCCGACAUGUUUCCAGCUUGUACGAUAUCGCUUGUGGAUCUUGCGCUGGGAUAUUACAACGAUUAUGCACAGGAAGCUCAUCAGCUCGCAUCAAACGCCGAUUUAAAAAUAACCGUUUUCUCGCGUUCCCGCAUGGUUAUUGACUGGAGGAUGGCAGCGGCUUCGAGCCUAUUUCGAUUCAUCAUAAUCGUAAUUUUUACGAGCUUGGUCUCCUCUAACGAGCUUUUAUCUCGUAAAAAGCGAUAUCUCGUGUUUCCCGAAGGCUCGAGUUUAUCCAUCGCAAUAUGCAUGACUGCUCAAACGGGAAUAACUCCAGGUGAAAUAUUCACUGAAGGUAUAAACUGGGGCAUCUCGUACGAACUCCCAAAUGACACGAAACCAUUUAAAGAACUCUUGGAUAAACCGAAGGAAGUGAUGCAGAGGCGGCAUCGCCGCGAACUUUACACGAAAAUAGAAACCAUAAUGCGAUCAAUGGGCUACAAUGGACGCGAUUGUGUUUUGAGAGCUUUGUGCGAGGCUUCUCGGCUAAAACCUAAGGGGGAGAGUCUCGUCGAUGAAAUUUUACGAAUAGUGUUCAGAUAUCCGGAGUAUAAUAUAGGAGACGAGGGGAGCCAAGUUCAAUAUAAUACACCGGCGAAAAAACGAAUCAAAUUCAAGGAGGAAUGUUGCGAGUUGUUUCCUGGUUGCCCUUUCUCACUGAUUGAUCUCGCCCUCGGCUAUUACUCCACUUUCAAUCAUUUUGAUUUGUGAUAACACACAAUGUAGCAAUUAUUUAAAUAAACAAAGUUCCGUUAGCUAA